AUGGGCCAAAGCGUCGGCAAGGACAUCGCGGAGCAGACGGGUUUCAGGCCCGCGGUUGAGGACGGAGAGGAGGCGAAGGACCUCCCGCCACACGGGCUGGCCUAUCCAGACAGGGUCGAGGAAUCCAUCGAAGGACCCCCAAGAUCACCAGGCGAGCCUUUGAAUGUCGUCGUCCGGGGCGAGGCGCCUGGUUCGUUGGACGCAUCCAGCUCUGGCAGCUCGGUGCCUCCUUCCGUGGCCUGGUCCGGCGCCUGGCCGGUCCAAGGAGGCCCCAUGCCUUGGCCAGGGACGCAGGCCUGGCCUCAGCUCCCCUCUCAGUUUCAGGUUCUGGGCGCCACAGCUGUGACAACAGCCACAGAGGCUGAGGCCGAGAGCCAGCGCCGAGCCGCACAGAUUGCGGCGCUGAGCUGCCAGGUGGAGGCCGCGCGCAGUGAGCUUGCGCAGCUCCGGCGGCCAUCCACGGCAGCUUCCAUUGCUCUCGCUCAGCAGGCGAGGCACCUCAUCACGGCGUUCCAGCCCGAACUUGGUGCCGUGAAGGCAAAGCUUGCGCACACCACCCAUGUAGCCAAUGAGCUGCAUUCUUGGUUCAUGACGCAUCGAGACAAGAUGUCCAUCGAGGAUCCGAGCCGCUCACCAUCAGCGCAGCUGCACCAGAGAUUACAGUCCUGUGAGAUUCUGAUUGACGGGUUUCGCAGCGUUGCGGAGCGAGUCGAGGGUGUGCUUGAAGCGGCCUUGAAGGACGCGCAGCCCGCGGUAUGUGGGAGUCGUCCUGGCCCAACACCGCAGGGUGCCAGGCCCGGGGGCGCAGGAGUUCCUGGGCUGUGGGUACGAGAUCCGGAUGCCAUGAAGACAACCGGUGGAAGUGAGACACGUGACUUACUGAGACACGCUGCCGAAGUGAGUCCGGCGAAAAAAAGUUCGGUACGCGAGUGCAGACUUCGAGGUCUGCUUUGA